AUGAAGUUUGCAUUCCUCGCCCUCGCAACCAUGGCUGUAGCCAGUCCUGUGGCCAUUGACAAGCGGCAGCUUGCCGUUCCCGAGAAUGAACUUCGGACUGGUCCCUGCGAGCCCGUCACUUUCAUAUUUGCCCGGGGUUCCACCGAGCCUGGACUUCUGGGAAUCACCACUGGUCCCGCCGUCUGCAGCGCUCUCAAACUCGCUCGUCCAGGCCAAGUGGCCUGUCAAGGCGUUGGACCAGCAUAUAUCGCUGAUCUGGCCUCCAACUUCCUCCCGCAGGGCACGAAUCAAAUUGCCAUCGACGAGGCAGCGGGUCUCUUUAAACUCGCUGCGUCCAAGUGUCCAGACACGAAGAUCGUUGCUGGUGGAUACAGUCAGGGAGCCGCUGUCAUGCACGGUGCCAUUCGCAAUCUGCCCAGCAACGUCAAGGAAAUGGUCAAGGGGGUUGUGCUGUUCGGCGAUACGCGCAACCAGCAGGAUGGAGGGCGGAUCCCGAAUUUCCCCACAGAUCGCACCAAGAUAUACUGUGCUUUGGGAGACCUGGUGUGUGAGGGGACUUUGAUCAUCACUGCGGCGCAUCUCAGCUACACGGCUGAUGUGCCGAGCGCAGCCAUGUUUCUCUUGUCGAAGCUUUGA